AUGAAAAGAAAAGGACUUAAUCAAAACUAAUUUGCAGACUGGGAAGUCGGAACAGACUACGAGUGUAUUAAAAUACUUGGCCAGGGCUCAUAUGGAGCAGUUUGUAGCGCUCUUCACAAACCGAGUGGUAAAAAGAUGGCUAUUAAGAGAAUGGAUGGAGUCUUUGAAGAUGACAUUGAUUGUAAACGCAUUUUAAGGGAAAUAAAUUUACUUAGAAAGCUACAACAUCCUUAUGUAAUAAAGGUCUUCGAUGUGCUAGAACCGAGUAAUAAGGAGACUUUCGACUGCAUUUAUGUGGUGCUUGAGUUGGCUGAGUCUGAUUUAAAAAAAGUCAUAAAAAGUGCUAUUCAUUUGUCCAUUAAACACAUCUAGACUCUAGUUUACAAUCUAUUAUGUGCAGUAAAGUAUCUUCACUCUUCAAAUGUAUUACACAGAGAUCUUAAGCCAGCCAAUGUAUUAGUCAAUGAGGACUGUACUGUCAAGAUUUGUGACUUCGGUUUAGCUCGCAGCAUUAGUGGAGUAGAAAAUACUAGUUUACUAGUAAAUGGAAGGAGACAAAGGUUAUUAAAGAAAGAUGAAACUACAUCAGGGGAAUCUGGAGAUGAUGUUGUUAUCUUUGGUGCUGAAUAAGCAAAAAUCAAGCCUGCCGAAAGUAUUGAUCAGCAACUUGACUCAUAAAUGAAUGAACUUAAGCUUGAGGAGUAAAAAAGAGAAAUGUCAGAAGAAACUAAAAGAAAAGAAAUGUAAAAAAAGCUCCUAAGGACAAAAGAUCACAGAAAAAAUAUGAAGAGAGAACUCACAGGCCAUGUAGUUACUAGAUGGUACAGAGCUCCAGAAAUUAUUUUACUAGAAAAAGACUAUGGUCCCGCAAUCGAUAUGUGGUCGAUCGGUUGCAUUUUCGCUGAGCUUCUCGGAAUGAUGAAAGAGAGUGCCCCAACAUACUUAGACAGAAAGCCACUAUUUCCAGGAAAAUCUUGCUUCCCCUUAUCACCAGAUAAAUCAGUUAAAGAGGAGAGAAAAGGUUUCCCCUUCUCUAAAAAUGAUCAACUAGCAGUUAUAUUUGAUGUAAUAGGAACACCCAAAGAAGAGGAUAAGUGCUUUGUUACUGAUGCGAAAGCCUUAGAGUACCUAGACGCCUUCCCUAGAAAACCUAGAGCUGAAAUGUAGAUUAUGUAUCCUGGAGCAGGUGAAGAUGCUAUAGACCUCUUAAACAGAAUCUUGGUAUUUAAUCCAUACUUCAGACUCUCUGUUGACGAAGCCCUAGCUCAUCCGUUCUUUAAGAAGGUCAGAAAGACCGAAAGGGAAGUUACUGCCGAAAAAGACAUUCAGAUUGAGUUUGAAAAAGAGUAACUUGAUAAGAAAAAACUUAGAUAACUCAUUCUACAAGAAAUUUAGCAAUAUUAAUUAAUCAAGCGCGACUAGGAGUAAGCUUGA